GAAGAAGUUGAAUUACAGACAGCUGAGUCGAAAGAAUGAUGAGCAGCAACUCAGCAAAUAAUCUGCUGGACGAAGCCCUAGGUUUCAAUGACGACGGCGGCGGCGGAGGUGGCGGAUUAUUGCUGCUGAUAGAGGACCGCGUGGAGACCAGUGGAGCUUUCAUUCUCCACCACCUCAUCAAACGUCGUCUUUCUUCCCCAAAUCGCCCCAAUGACGUUGUCGUUUUUCUCUCCUUCGCUCAUCCUUUUUCCCACUACGAUCGGAUCCUCCGCAAAAUGGGGUGCAACUUAGGUGUGCAAAAGGAGAAUAAACGAUUCGUAUAUUAUGACAUGCUUAAUCUUAAUUAUCCAGUAACAGAUGGAGAGAAAGGUGCGGAAGACUUGCUUCUUUCCGUGUAUGGGAAAAUUCAGAAAACAGUGGAACUGUGUUCAUCACGUGAAGGCUACAAGAAUAGUACUAUUAUGAUUGAUGAUAUCUCUCUUAUGGAAGUGGCUCUUUGUGGCUCGUCAAAUCUCGUGUUAGAUUUUCUUCAUUACUGCUACAGUUUAGCAACACAAUUUGAUUGUCUGGUUAUCAUUCUUAAUCACGAGGAUGUUUAUUCCACCGUGGACGUGCCUAGCCCACUUCUUCAAAUGGAAUACCUUGCAAAUAUAGUCAUAAAAGCAGAACCUUUAGCAACUGGUUUGGCAACUGAUGUUCAUGGCCAGUUAACUGUUCUCAACAAGGGAAUUUGUCAAGGUUCUGGAUGCUCAAAAGGCAAGAUUCGCAACUUCCAUUUCAGGGUGAAAGAAAAUUGCGUGGAAUAUUUCUAUCCUGGGAGUCGGACUUGAAUACUAAAUAUCCUUGUGAAAUGUAAUGCAUGAAUGCAUUUUUUUUUUGGUGGGAAACUGGUGCAACUGGUACUCCCAGUCCUAAGGAAGCUAGCAAAUUCAUCAACAUUACUCUUAAUUGGCUGGUGGUUGUCAUCAUGCUGUAUACCUUCAGAAUUUAAAGGAUGAUGCGAAGAUGGUCGUUUGCAAUGCCUGUUUCUUCUUGUUAGCCAUUUGCAAGCACGUCACGGGCUCCAAUUUUGGAAAAUCAUCAUGAUUCCGGCUAGUUCUUGUUGGACAUCUUAUUCAAGCAGUGAUUUCUCACCAGGCCGGAACGGGAAAUGACUUAAAAUCUCUUAUCCAGCAACAGACGAGACAACCCUUUAAAAUCCAAUUGAAAAGGGGAGAAGUGGUUUCUUCAGUCGGACUAGUUUUUUGGAGUUUUUACAAAUUGUAUGAUUUUAAGAAAUCCCAAAUUUAGCUUAUUUUGGUCUUUAUUAAGAUUUUCAAA